UUUAAUUUAUUUGGAGCGACACAUCUUUCUACUCCACGGGAGUAGCUUGGAAGGGAGAUUGGAGGAGUACAAAGAGAAGGAAGCGGCAACCACCACCCUAUUCUUCCUCGAGAAUCUCUCUAUCUGAGAGCUCAAUCUUAAAAAUCCUCCCGGUCAUUUUCUCUGGGCUCGAUUCGGGGGUGGCUGGAGCUGAGGGCUGCAGAGAUUUCGGCGAAAGACUCGAGCUUUUCUUCAUUUGCGGCUGCAUUGGGAGAAGAGAAGGUCGAACAUUCCUGGGGGUAGCUCAGCCGACUUGCGGGCGGUCUUGGGUUGGGCGCGGCGUCGAGGUGAAAGCAUGAGGUUGUGGUUCCUCCUUCCUCUUCUCUGUCUGCCUACACUGAUUCGAUCAGAGGAUUAUGGCGAUGUAACUGUUAUUGUUCGAGGCUCUGAGACGAUCGCUUCAACCAGCGAUGAGUUUGUUUGUGCCACCAUUGAUUGGUGGCCUCCAGAGAAGUGUAACUACGACCAAUGCCCAUGGGGAAGGGCAUCUGUCUUAAAUUUGGACUUGACUAAUCCCUUGUUGGCUAAAGCUAUCCAAGCCUUUAGCCCACUGCGAGUAAGAGUCGGAGGCUCCUUACAAGAUCAAGUGUUAUAUGGCACACCAAAUUUAGGAUCUCCAUGCAGCCCAUUUACAAAGAUUUCAGGUGGCCUAUUUGGAUUUUCUCAAGGAUGCAUAACCAUGGAAAGAUGGGAUGCUAUUAACGAUCUGUUCCUGAACACUGGUGCAGUUGUCACGUUUGGUCUUAAUGCUCUUCAAGGGCGACAGCAGAUACGCAGAGGAGUCUGGGGAGGUGCUUGGGAUUCUAGCAAUGCUCGAGAGUUCAUGGAAUACACAGUUUCAAUGAACUAUCCUAUAGAUUCUUGGGAAUUUGGUAAUGAAUUGAGUGGAAGUGGAAUUGGUGCAAGUGUGGGAGCUGAACAAUAUGGAAAGGACAUAGUUGAACUCCAAACCAUCAUCAACCAGUUAUAUGGAAAUUCCACGAAACCGCUAGUGGUAGCCCCGGGAGGAUUCUUUGACCAAAAAUGGUUUGCUCAACUUCUUGAGGUCUCUGGGCCAAAUGUUCUCAAUGCAAUGACUCAUCAUAUUUACAAUCUUGGUGCUGGUAAUGAUCCACAAGUUCCAAAUAGAAUUUUGGACCCACAAUAUUUGAGCCGGGCUUCCGAUACAUUCAGAGAUCUCCAACUCACAAUACAACGCCAUGGACCAUGGUCUGCUCCAUGGGUUGGGGAAGCUGGUGGUGCAUAUAACAGUGGCAGCCGUCUCGUCUCCAAUACUUUCCUGAAUAGCUUCUGGUAUCUCGAUCAACUUGGCCAGUCAGCAAAGUAUGACACCAAGGUUUACUGCAGACAGACUUUGAUUGGAGGCAACUAUGGGCUUCUUGACACCGACACCUUCGUGCCGAACCCUGAUUACUACAGCGCCUUGCUGUGGCAUCGGAUCAUGGGGAAGGGCGUCCUUUCCAUAGACAUCAGUGGUUCUUCGUACUUGCGUGCCUAUGCGCAUUGUGGAAAGCAAAAGGGCGGUGUCGCUCUCCUCUUGCUCAACCUGCACCGAAACAUGGGAUUCAUGGUUUCAGUCAGGAAUGACCUCAAUGUAGACCUCGUAGGGGGGCAAGGGAUCAGAAGGGACAAUGCCUUUGUCCAUGGCCUGAAAAGGACGGUCUCCUGGGUCGGGAGCAAAGCUUCAGAUGGGCUGGCAAAGAGGGAAGAGUACCAUCUGACAGCGAAAGAUGGGAACGUUUUCACCCGGACCAUGCUGCUGAAUGGAGAUCCUCUUGAGCUCACUGAAGAUGGUUCCAUCCCUCCAUUGUAUCCGAUGCAAGUUUCGGUUAACUCACCAAUCUAUGUUGCUCCUCUCUCCAUUGCGUUUGUCGUCUUCCCGGAUUUCGAGGCUGAAGCUUGCGGCCAAUGAUCAACUGUAGAUAGAAUAUCACGAGGUUUUCUGCUAUGAUAUAGCUGUUCUUAAGAAUACGUACACUGUAAAGAUUUAUAUUUUAGUUUUCUGAUUUGUGCCCCAAUUGGGCCAUCUAUUCUUCA